CAAUAACAAUAUAUCCACAUCAACCACUCCACUGACGACGGCCUCUUCGGCUGUGAAUACCAUAGCACAUCAACCACAAAAACUGGUACCUCUUACCUCACAAACCACUUCGUCAGCUACCGAACAACACCACCAUCGUUCUCACUCGCAUCCUCACCAUACUCAUACAAAAAGCGGCGACCAACACCAAGAUUCGCAACAGCAAAAUAAUGAUGAUGACCAAGUUGAACAGGAAGAACAACAGAAGGGUUUUAAAGGCCAAGCGAAAAAGGAUAUGAGACAUGUCGAAGGAUACGUUGCUGAUAGAGAAGGAUAUGGAAUUGAUGAUGCCAAAUUGGCGAAGGCCAUGACAUUUGUGAACGAGGAGUAUCAGAAGCAGAAAGCUCUAAAACUAAAAAAACAAAAAGAAGCCGAAAAAAUUGCAGUUUCAAAAGAAGACAUCGAUUUUAUCAUAAAAGAAAUGGACGUAACCAAAGCU